ACAAACGCUCGUGACCUCGACGGCCGGGAUGUUUGAACCGUUCAAACGGCCCGUGGCUGUUCUUAUCUGAUUCUGUGCAGCCGUCCGGCCAGUCCGGCGUUUCAAAUUUCGAUAGGUUGUUGGAGUUGUCUUGAACCUUUCUUUUUUGGGGCGCGAGUUGACCGCACAGCCGCCAAGAUUGAGGAAAUAGAGGCAGCGGCGCAGAGCCUCUUCACUCGUGCGAAGGCUCGCCAGAGGACUCCCAGCAAGAUGCCGCCUUCGUCUCCGCGGUCUGCAAAGCGAAAGAUACAGGACGUGGCCACAUCAGACGCUCCGCUUAGUUCCGACCGCUGCACCAUCUUCAAGAAAAUCUGUGCUGACGAUUCUGGUAAGAGCCUGGGAAUUGAUAAGGAUAAAGAGAACGACGUGCCCAUGCCUUCAGUUGAGCAGAUGCCGCAAGAUGAAGCCCCAAAGGUGGGGCUCACCAAACUGGCUGCCUUGGGGGAAGCGAGAGGAUGCCCUGGCAACGGCACUGGCCCUGACCAACCAAUCGUAACGGUCUCGGUGGCUGCGAGGGCUGCCCUGUUUGAGAGUGAGAUCUCCAAGUCAAGUGGCAGCAAUGGCCGAGGCACCCUUCCUCUCAAGAGGCCGACUUCGAGGCCUCCUCUGAUGCAGUCCUUCUCCUCUGUGAAUGUUGCACGCCCGUCCUUCCUGAAGACCCUACCCUUGAAUGCAGCUGCCAAGUUGUCUGCCCACUCGACAGAAGGGCUGGGUGGAGCAGUGACACCGCCUCCAGCUGAAAACCGAGAAAAAUCGCUUGCUAGGCCUGGUACUCCCAAGAAGCCAGAAUUGCCGGGUCUUGCCAUUAUCAAGGAACCUGCUGGCAAUACUCCUGCAAUGAAGACAGGUUCCGAAGAAAAUGGAAUAGCUGUGGACACUGACAAUGCCGAAACUAUUCCCGAUGCUUCAGCAGCCCUUCAGCCUGUUGGUGACUGUGAAGAUGCGGACGAUUCUGUUUUUGAAAAUGGUUCUCUUUCUCUUCCACACGAGGAAGAUGAUGUUGCACAUGAGGUGUCGACCAGCAAAGUUGCUACAAUGUCUGAGAACUUUUCUGACGAAGGCAUCUCAGACAAAACUGUGGUUGCUCCUAAAAUUGAUGAAACUGUCACCGCUGCGAAACAAAGGCCAGCAACCAGGUGCUGGGAGGAUGACGGUCAAACUGAAAAGGCCAGUACAGCAAUGUUAUUAAAAACUGAAACUGCACUUUCGUCAGCCACACCUUUGGAAACUGAAACACUCCCUCCAGCUGAAGCUCUUGAUGAGGUACAUGGACAGAAGUUGGGUGUUUCACACGCGUCGAAACAUAGUGGUGCGGAAGGUUAUUCAAGUGGACCAGACACUGAAAACAACACAGUUAAGGAUGUUAGUAGAGUCCAGCAGUGCAACCUGAAUAAAGAAUCUGUGAUGACGCCCGAGGAAGCAGCAGUGUUUGAUGAAAUUGACGACAUCCUGAAUGAGGCCAUGGACAGCGAGUGCAGCGAUACAAGUUACAGCUCCGCGCAGCCUGCGCUGCCGCAGCCCUCUUCGACCCCGCCUCGAAAUUCCCACGCAGCUGUGAACCAGCUGCCCUCAAGUCACCUGAUGUCUACGCCGAAACCUGCUAGUCCAAAGGCCUCCACAGGCCAGCACACAGCGGAGCUUCCACGCACAAUCAGCUCCUUUCGUAAGCAGCAGCGUGAUGCCACACCUCAGCAAUGCCCAUUUGCGUUCACACCAUCAAAGACUUCAAAGGACGCUGGUCUAGGAGAAGAGGACCAGUUAUCUCUGGACAACAGGCUAAAGGCCCUACAGGAUAAUGUUCUGGCCCAGCAAACAGUCAUAAGUCAGGCCACCCAGGCUCUGAACCUCUGCCAAGCAUCAGCAGAGUUCCUUGGCUCAGCUGAGCAAGUUGAAGGGGAGAAGCUUCUGCUUAUUGCAACUCAGAAGCGGCUGGCCUACCUCAAUGAAAUCCAACGGCUCAAGGUGGGAGGAGACAAUCCGGCAAGCGAGCUUCCCCGGGGUUCCUUGGUGAUCAAGAAGAUCCGCUUUCCCAUCAACAAGGAUGCGCUGAAGUCCUCCAGUGGCUAUGUGCACCACUUCCUGUGCAUGGUGCAGUACCGUGGAAAGGUGCACGCAUCUCAGCUCAUCUCGAGCGACACCAUACGGAGCAGCGAGGACAACUGUCUGGAGUUUGACAAUGAGAUUGAGUAUUCUAGCAUGGAUGAGGACUUCCAAGUGCAGAUCGACCUGUAUGGACUAAAAACUGUCAGCCCUGUAGUGCCUCAUGACAAGAAGUACCACAUUAAAAAAGAAACAAUAAAGAUGAAGCUGUCUUCCAGGGGCAGGAAAACUGACAGCAUCUUUAUGACUCCAGGAAUAUCCAGUCCCGGUGGUCCAAAUGCCGUGCGCACCUCAUCGUUCCAGAGCCUUGGUUCCUUCAUCCUGACCACAUCAAACUGUCACCAGAAUGUGUUCGCUUUGUCCAAGGUUCCAGGUUCUUUCUGCAUAGAGGGCAAGGCACUUGUGGAAUUACAGUUACACGCUGACCACGGCUUGGAGCAUCAUGGCUUCCUGACCCUGUUUGAGGAGGUUGGUGGCUUUGGUGCCUGGACACGCCUGUGGUGCCUGCUCAAGGGAAGUCACCUGGUACUGUGGAGGUACCCCGAGGAGGAAGACAGUAAGCCUCCCAUUGACACAAUAGACCUGCGACAAUGUAUCACCAAGGAAGUGUCACGCCUGCCACGGACCGAAUGUGCCCGUGCUCAUACCUUCGAGCUUGUCAUUGUGGAGCCCCUCGGUAGCCGACACCGUGACACCCUGACCACCACUCGGCACGCCACAGUAGCUGUCACAAGGCAUCGGCUAUCUGCUGACAGCAAGGAUGAUGUAAAUGUUUGGUGUACAGCAUUCAACAGGGUAUUGAGCUGCAUUCGAAAAUGGGAUCCUGAAGCAUACAAAGCCAUGGACAUCAAGCAGUUUGUGUGACCUCCCUGUUUUGCAGCAGUUUAUUUACUCAACCUACGAUACCACUCAGUAUGUGCAUAUACAAUGAUGUCUCUGGAGAGUUUUUUUUUUUUCCCUCCUAUUCUGCGUAUGCCAUAUUCAGUUUUUCUGUACAUAUCCCAGUCACGUUCUUGUCAAUAUACGCACUAGUAACGUUUUAGUGCCUGUACAGUUCAGCAAGUCUUUCUUGCCUUCCUGUAGACGUGUAGUGAUAAGAGCAUUUUAUAUAAUGAAGGGAUUUUUCCUCUGAAAUGCAUUAUUUCUCCUAAGUCAUGUUCUCUAUUAGUGCUGCAGGAACACUGUGUUUGCCUGUAGCAUCAAUGCAAUAGCCUGCCACAGCAUUUUAUGGCUUAAGAUUCCAAUGUCUUGCAUGACAAGGUGACUCAAAAAUCUGAGUGUGUAAGGAUGAAUGCAUUCCGCACUUGCUAUUCAUUAUAGGAAGAAAUGCAUGCGGGGAAUGUCAGGUCUUGUUAGAUGAGAUUAGCAAGUGCCUGAUACCAAUUAAAGGAUCAUUGCUCAGGCAUAAAAUCAUGCUGGAAAUUUGUCUUUUUGCUCAAGUGCCAUAACGGAGGGACCAAUUAAAACAAGCAUUUGUGUUUUGUGUUUACCUAUGUGGUGACUGUUCACUUUCUAGUAGUCUGUGUAACAAAGCUGCAGCUACACCAUGAAGCAAGCUGCAAAGCAAGAACGUUUUUGUGACCCUGCCUUUAUAUCUGGGUGGGUGCUUUUGGAACCUGUGCAUCUUGAACCUUUGUGUUGCUCAGAGAAAGACAUCUGGCUUGGUUUUUGGCAGGUUUGCAAUAAAUUGCUACUUGAGGUGUCUCCAAA